ACUAGUUGUGAGGGAAAAAUUGAUUCACAUAAGAAUUGCGAUUCUUAUCUUCUUUGAUUCUAAAUCAAUUCACAAUUUCCAAAAAUCGAUUUUUAAAAGCGUUUUUUCCAUCUUAAGUAUAGUUUAAAUUUUCUCAGUAGCAAUUUUAGCGGUGUGGCUACUGGUGAGUCAGUUGCUGCUAACGUUAGGUCUCUGAGUCGGUGGCCUAUUGAAAAUGGAGCAGCAAGAAAUUCAGCCAGUCUCAUCUUCACUGAAGGCAAGCGUCUGGAUUUUGGAUUUUACAAUAUGCCGGGGAAGAAGGAGUUUGGUAUGCAAGGUUUGCAAAAUCAAAGUCAAGUACUUCGGGAACACACCAAAUGCCCGGGCUCACAUCAUACGCCAUCACCCAGAAUUGAAAGAAGUGGAACAAGGGCCAACAGCCAACCAACGCACACUGCACCACUGGACCAAACUCCCAGCCUUGAGUGAACAGGCAGAAAAAUAAACUAGAUCCAUCACCUGUUUCACUUCAAAAGACCUGCACCCCUAGUAGUCGACAAAGAAAGGUUCAUAUACAUGAUCCAGACAACUGAGCCAAAGUAUGACAUACCAUAACAUCAUUUUUUUACUGAGAAAGUGGUACCUCAGCUUUACCAAGAGACAAAGGUAAAAGUCAGGGAAGCCUGGACUGAAGCCACCAGAAUAGCUCUUACCUGUGAUGCAUGGACAACCCAGUCAUUCAUCACGUUCACCAAGUGGCAGCUCGAGUCUCAUGUUUUACAAACUAGGGUGACGCAUGAAAGCCACACAGCCAUGAAUGCAAUGUUUCACUCCGUCGCAGAUGAAUGGAAGCUAACAGUUGCAGAUUUGGUGAUUGUUAGAGGUAAUGCUGCGAACAUGUUUGCUGCUGUGCAGCUGGAAAACUUAACAUACGUGUUUUGCAGAUAUAAUCAUUCUUGCCGCUCAGCAAGCUCUGAAGCUAAAUUCGGUGUCACGGCUGCUUGGAAGGAUUGGGCGAAUCACUUGAUCCCUCCACUGCUGCACCAUUGUUAAGUCAUGCCCUGCAGGUGAAACAGAAGCUUCUGCAGUUGUUGCCACACAAGCUGAAAAUCGUUGUCGCUACAAGAUGGAAUAGUGCUUUCGAAAUGGUUGAAAGAUUUCUAGAGCAGCAGUCUGCCAUUUGUGCUGCUCUCCAGGUGAGAAAAUAUGGAGGUUCAAGCAACAUCUGCACACAGCGAAAUGAAUGUCUCCAAUGCUGAAGAAAUAGCUAAAGCACUCAAGCCAAUGAAAUACACAACCAACAUCAUGUCACAGGACUCUACACCUAAACUGUCAAUGAUCGCUCCAUUGCAUGUUCAGCUGCUUCACGACACAGAAGCAGGCUUUGCUGGUGUUGACACACCAAUUGUCUGGGAAAUCAAAGCGGCGAUCCACAAAGAUUCAGCAAAGAGAUACACAAGAGUGCAGAAGAGCAUUCUUCACACAGCCUCUACACUCGAUCCCAGGUUUAACACACUGCCUUUCCUUCCUAAAGAAGAACAGCUGGACAUCUAUGCUAAAGUGAUUGCAGAGGCUGCAGCACUUGAGAAAGAGGUGAGGCCAGUUAAGGCUGAGGACAAUCCUGAGGAGCCAGAAUCAGGCCAAGAAGAAGGUCCUGCCUCUAAAAGAAGAACAUCUGCACUGGCUAAUCUGCUGGGCAGGACAUUUACUGAGCUCAGAGGUGUCCCUAAAUCUGCCAACACCAGAGCUGAGGAGGAGCUGAAGAUAUCUGGAGGAAGCUCCACUAUCUCUCACAAGACCCCCGUCAAUGGCGGAUGUCCCAUGAGACAGCUUUCCCUCUACUGGCCAAAUUAGCUAAAUGCUACCUGUGCUACCUAGAGAGAGCGCAGAGAGAGGAUUCUCCACUGCUGGGGGAUAUAGUGCCAGCACAGUGGAGCAAUCUUACUCCAGAACAUAUAGAUCAGCUUUUUUUUCUACAAAGAACCUGGAUAUUGCAGUAAUCCUGCACACCAAGUCAAAACUGUGUCAAGCAUUAUUGUUCAAUUUGUUGAAAAAUCACACGAAAUACCAGUUUUACAGUGUUAUUUUUGAAAUUGGCAAGUUUCUGAGAACUAAAAAUGCAGCUAGCCUAGGCCUGCCAAUUUUAUUUAUGUGACAGCAUUUUUAUUUUUUGUGUGACAGACCUUGUUAUUCUUGAAAUCACUGAGAAUUGAAAAAUACUAAAAAGUUUGUGAAUAAAUGUUACCUUUUGUCUCAAGUCUGCCUUUGUGUGUUUGCAUUAUUGCAAUCAGUUGAUAUAACUUUUUCAAAUAUAAAAACUACAUAAUCUUCUACACACUUUACUAUGCUUUCAUGCCAUCAUUUGCCACGCUGCCUUUCUUAGCGCACAGCGGACUGAGGUAGAUCCUGAAAUUAGCAUCACUGCACAAUGAAUAAAGAAUCCAUUUUGAGUGGAAUCGUGAGAUUCAGAAAGAUUCAACCUCUAGUCCAUACAUGACAUCGCAGAGACAAAUACACGUCAACGUGAAGACACAUCAAGGUCGACACGUGUUUGUCAAAGAUACAUCAACACAAUCACAAAGUACUUUAAAUGCAUCAGUGUUUGAAAGCUGCUGUACAGGUGAACUUUAACUGUAGCACUGCUGUGUAUUAA